AUGGUCAUUCUGCAGCAGGGCGACUAUGUGUGGCUGGACCUCAAAACGGGUCGAGAGUUUGACGUGCCGGUGGGAGCCGUGGUCAAACUCUGCGACUCGGGACAGAUCCAGGUUCUGGAUGAUGAAGCCAAGGAACACUGGAUCUCUCCUCAGAAUGCCACCAACAUCAAGCCCAUGCACCCGACCUCCAUCCACGGGGUGGAGGACAUGAUCCGCCUGGGCGACCUGAACGAAGCCGGCAUCCUCCGCAACCUGCUCAUCCGCUACGACGAGCGCGUCAUCUACACGUACACCGGCUCCAUCCUGGUGGCAGUGAAUCCGUACCAGCUGCUUCCCAUCUACACCCCCGACCAGAUUCGCCUCUACACCAACAAGAAGAUCGGCGAGUUGCCGCCGCACAUAUUCGCCAUAGCUGACAACUGCUACUUCAACAUGCAGAGGAACAACAAGGACCAGUGCUGCAUCAUCAGCGGUGAGUCCGGAGCUGGGAAGACAGAAAGCACAAAGCUGAUUCUGCAGUUCCUCGCUGCCAUCAGCGGUCAGCACUCCUGGAUCGAGCAGCAGGUCCUGGAGGCCACGCCCAUCCUCGAAGCUUUCGGAAACGCGAAGACGAUUCGCAACGACAACUCCAGUCGCUUCGGGAAGUACGUGGACAUCCACUUCAACAAGCGCGGCGCCAUCGAAGGAGCGAAGAUCGAGCAGUACCUGCUGGAGAAGUCCAGAGUGUGUCGACAGGCUCCAGACGAGAGGAACUACCACAUCUUCUACUGCGUGUUGAAGGGGAUGCCUCCGGAGAUGAAAGCCAAACUGGGUCUGGGCCUCGCAGCAGAUUACUCCUACCUCACCAUGGGGAACUGCACACAGUGUGACGGUCGAGACGACCUGAGAGAUUACUCCAGCAUCCUGUCGGCCAUGAAGGUCCUCAUGUUCACCGAGACGGAGAACUGGGAGAUCUCCAAGCUGCUCGCUGCCAUCCUGCACAUGGGGAACCUGCGAUUCGAGGCCCGAACGUACGACAACCUGGACGCCUGUGUGGUCGUGAGAUCUCCUGACCUGGUUACCGCUGCUUCACUCAUGGAGGUGGAGCCUAAGGACGUGAUGGUGUGUUUAACCACACGAACCCUGAUCACUCGAGGGGAAAGCGUGGCCACGCCUCUCAGCGUGGGACAAGGCCUGGACGUCAGAGACGCCUUCGUUAAGGGGAUCUACGGCCGACUGUUUGUCUGGAUCGUGGAUAAGAUCAAUGCGGCCAUCUACAGGCCUCCGUCCUGCGAGAGCAACAUCGUGCGCAGAUCCAUCGGGCUGCUGGACAUCUUUGGCUUCGAGAACUUCAUCGUCAACAGCUUCGAGCAGCUCUGCAUCAACUUCGCCAACGAGAACCUGCAGCAGUUCUUCGUUCGUCACGUGUUCAAGCUGGAGCAGGAGGAGUACAACCUGGAGGACAUCAGCUGGCAGCACAUCGAGUUCACCGACAACCAGGACGCCCUGGACAUGAUCGCACAGAAGCCCAUGAACAUCAUCUCCCUCAUCGACGAGGAGAGCAAGUUCCCUAAGGGAUCUGAUGCUACGAUGCUCUACAAGCUCAACUCGCAGCACAAGCUCAACUCCAACUACAUCCCUCCGAAGAACAGCUACCAGACCCAGUUUGGUAUCCAGCACUUUGCCGGUGUGGUGCAUUACGAGACCAGAGGAUUCCUGGAGAAGAACCGCGACAGCCUCCACACCGACAUCAUCCAGCUCGUCCACUCGUCCAAGAACAAGUUCAUCAAGCAGAUCUUCCAGGCGGACGUGGCCAUGUUUCUGUGUGGCUAUCAGCAGCCCAGCACCCCCACUCCAAAGGGAGUCGAGACGAGGAAGCGCUCUCCCACUCUGAGCAGUCAGUUCAAACGUUCCCUGGAGAUGCUGAUGAGGACGCUCAGCGUGUGUCAGCCGUUCUUCGUCCGUUGUAUCAAACCCAACGAGCUCAAGAAACCGAUGAUAUUCGACAGAGAGCUGUGCAUCCGUCAGCUGCGUUACUCCGGUAUGAUGGAGACCAUCCGGAUCCGCCGGGCCGGUUACCCCAUCAGAUACAGCUUCGCAGAGUUUGUGGACCGUUACCGGGUCUUAAUGCCUGGAGUGAAACCUGCUCACGUUCAGGCGGAUCUACGAGGGACCUCUCAGAAGAUAGUCCUGGCUCGACUGGGGAAACAUGACGACUGGCAAAUCGGAAAGACCAAAGUGUUCCUGAAGGAUCACCACGACCUGCAGCUGGAGGUGGAGAGAGACAAAGCCAUUACAGACAAGGUCAUCCUCAUCCAGAAGUCUGUGCGAGGACUGAAAGAGAGGAACAACUUCCUCCGACUGAGGAGCGCGGUGACUUUUAUCCAAAAGGUCUGGAGGGGAUAUCGGUGCAGAAAGAAUUACCAAAUUAUGCAGAAGGGCUUCCUGCGCCUUCAGGCCGUCUACAGGUCGAGGAAGUUCUUAAGAAGCUACCAGAUCACUCGCCUUCGCAUCACUCUCACCCAAGCCCGCUGCCGUGGUUUCAUGAUCCGCCGGACGUUCUGGCGGCGCCUGCGUGCCGUGUUGACCAUGCAGGCCUACACCAGGGGCAUGAUAGCCAGACGCUUCUGCCAGAGGCUGAGGGCAGAGCUGCAGCAUCGCCUGGAAGCCGAGGGCCAGCGUCUGGCCGAGGAGGAGCAGCUGCGGAACCAGAUGACGGCGCGGCGGGCGAAGGCCGAGGCCGAGAGGAAUCACCAGGAGCGGCUCGUCCAACUGACCCAGCAGCAGGAGGAGAGGGAGCGCGAGGCGAAGGAGGAGGCGAGGAGGAAGAAGGAGCUGCUGGAGCAGAUGGAGAGGGAGAAGGAGCAGCCUGUGGAUCACUCCGACAUGGUCGACCGUAUGUUCGGGUUCCUGGGGAACUCGGGGCCGUUACCCAACCAGGACGGACGAGCACCAAGUGGCUUCGAAGACCUGGAGAACACUCCUCACAGUGAGGAAGCUGAGGAGGAGCUGCUGAAUGAAGCUCUGCCGCUGCCCGUUGAAGAAGAAGAGGAUUUGUCUGAAUACAAGUUCUCUAAGUUUGCAGCCACUUACUUCCAGGGAGUUUCCACUCACACGUACAUCAGACGGCCGCUGAAGCAGCCGCUGCUUUUUCACGAGGACGAAGGAGAUCAGCUGGCUGCACUGGCCGUGUGGAUCACCGUGCUGAGGUUCAUGGGCGACCUCCCCGAACCCAAGAGCCAGCUGGUCAUAAACGACGGCAGCGAAAAGAUUCCCGUCAUGACCAAGAUCUACGAAACCCUCGGGAAGAGGACGUACAAGAGGGAGCUGCAGGAGCUGCAGGUGGAAGGAGAGAAGCCUGUUGUCAAACUCUCCUCAAAUGUGUCAGGGGUCAUUGUGGUUCCUCGCUUGUGUCUGCAGAACAGUGCCAUUGACAACCAGAAGAGGAACAGCAUCAGACACAAACUCGUGUCUCUCACCCUGAAGAGGAAAUCUAAGAUCACAGAGGAGGUCACCAGGCGUUUGACGGAGAGCGACUACGGCCUCCAGGGGAACAGCAUGCUGGAGGACCGGCCCACCUCCAACCUGGAGAAACUUCACUUCAUCAUCGGCAACGGCAUCUUACGACCCGCCCUCAGGGACGAGAUCUACUGUCAGAUCUGCAAACAGCUCACCCAGAAUCCAUCCAAGAGCAGUCACGCCCGAGGAUGGAUCCUGCUGUCGCUCUGCCUCGGCUGCUUCGCCCCCUCCGAGAAGUUUCUCAAGUAUUUACGGACCUUCUUGAUCAACGGCCCCCCUGGUUAUGCUCCGUAUUGCGAGGAGAGGCUGAGGAGGACGUUUAUCAGUCGCACACGGACUCAGCCGCCGUCCUGGUUGGAGCUGCAGGCCACUAAAUCUAAGAAGCCCAUCAUGUUACCAGUCACGUUCAUGGACGGCACCACUAAGACCCUCCUGGCCGACUCGGCCACCACCGCCAGCGAGCUCUGCAACGCUCUGGCGGACAAGAACAACCUGAGAGAUCGAUUUGGCUUCUCGCUGUACAUCGCCCUGUUUGACAAGGUGUCUUCAUUGGGAAGCGGCAGCGACCACGUCAUGGACGCCGUCUCCCAGUGCGAGCAGUACGCAAAGGAGCAGGGCGCUCAGGAGAGGAACGCCCCCUGGAGGCUGUUCUUCAGGAAGGAGAUCUUCAGCCCCUGGCACAACCCGGCCGAGGACCAGGUGGCCACAAACCUCAUCUACCAGCAGAUCGUCCGAGGGGUGAAGUUCGGAGAGUAUCGCUGCGAGAAGGAGGAGGACCUGGCAGAGCUGGCCUCUCAGCAGUACUUUGUGGAUUACGGCCCUGAAAUCCUCCAGGAUCGUCUGCUCAGCCUCAUUCCCUCCUACAUCCCCGACAGAGAGAUCACGGCCACUAAGACGUCAGAGAAGUGGUCUCAUCUUAUAAUCCAAGCCCACAAGAAGGGAUUACACUUGAAGAGGAGGUCGAACACUCAGAGGGUGAAGGAGGACGUGGUGGAUUUCGCUCGUCUGAAGUGGCCCCUGCUCUUCUCUCGCUUCUACGAGGCCUUUAAAUUCUCAGGACCCAGUCUGCCCAAGAAUGAUGUGAUCGUGGCGGUGAACUGGACCGGGGUUUACUUCGUGGACGAGCAGGAGCAGGUGCUGCUGGAACUGUCUUUCCCAGAGAUCACUGCGGUGUCCAGCAGCAGAGGGGGUAAACUCCAGGGCCAGAGUUUUACCUUGGCCACUAUGAAAGGAGACAAGUACACGUUCACCUCCAACAACGCCGAGGACAUCCGGGAUCUGGUGGUCUCCUUCCUCGAUGGUCUGAGGAAGAGGUCCAAGUACGUGGUGGGACUGAUGGACUGUCCCAACCCCGACGGGGUCGACUCCACCUUCCUGAGUUUCGCCAAAGGGGAUCUCAUCAUCCUGGACGAUCACGACGGAGAACACGUCAUGAACUCGGGUUGGGCUCACGGCAUCAACGACAAGACCAAACAGAGAGGAGACUUCCCGGCUGACUGCGUCUACGUCGUGCCCACCAUCACCAGACCACAGUACGACAUCGUGGCGCUCGUGACCAUGACUCCCGAUCAGAGACGAGAAUCCAUCAGUUUGUCCCAGAUGAAGCCGUCGGACAACGAGGACAAAACAAAGACGUACACGCUGGAGGAGUUCUCCUACGACUACUUCAGGCCUCCUCCUAAGAGCACCCUGAGCAGGGUGAUGAUCCCCAAAUCCCGAGGGAAGGAGCGUCUGUGGAGCUGCACCAGGGAGCCUCUCAAACAGCCUCUGCUGAAGAAGGUGCUGGCUCACGAGGAGCUCGCCCAGGAGGCCUGUCUUGCCUCAACAGCUGUGAUGAAGUACAUGGGCGACUACCCGUCCAAACGCGUUCGCUUCGUCAACGAGCUCACGGACCAGAUCUUCGAAGGAGCUCUGAAGGCCGAGCCGCUGAAAGACGAGAUCUUCUGUCAGAUCCUCAAACAGCUGACGGACAAUCACAUCAAGUACAGUGAGGAGAAGGGCUGGGAGCUGCUGUGGCUCUGCACUGGUUUGUUUCCUCCCAGUAACGUCCUGCUGCCUCACGUCCAGAAGUUCCUCCAGGCCAAGAAACACUGUCCUCUCGCUCCGGACUGUAUGCAGCGGCUACAGAAAGCCUUACGAAACGGCUCGAGGAAGUAUCCCCCUCACCUGGUGGAGGUGGAGGCCAUUCAGCACAAAACCACCCAGAUCUUCCACAAAGUUUAUUUCCCGGACGACUCAGACGAGGUGUUUGAGGUGGAGUCGAGCACCAAAGCCAAAGAUUUCUGCCACAACAUCUCCGGACGUCUGAUGCUCAAAUCCUCGGAGGGCUUCAGUCUUUUUGUCAAGAUCACAGACAAGGUCAUCAGUGUCCCCGACGGCGACUUCUUCUUCGACUUCGUGAGGCAUCUGACGGACUGGAUCAAGAAAGCCCGACCGGUGAAAGACGGUGUCGUGCCUUCACUGACGUACCAGGUGUUCUUCAUGAAGAAGCUCUGGACCAACACGGUGCCAGGAAAAGAUUCCAUGGCCGACUCCAUCUUCCACUACUACCAGGAGCUGCCUAAGUAUCUGCGCGGCUACCACAAGUGUCCGAGGGACGAGGUGUACCAGCUGGCGGCGCUGAUCUACAGGGUGAAGUACGACGAGGAGAAAUCGCACUUCCAGAACAUUUGCAAAAUCCUGAAGGAGCUCGUGCCCCAGGACCAGCUCCGACAUCUGUCCCCCGACGACUGGAAGAGGUCGAUCCUGUCGCUGUUCAACAAACAAUCGGGGAAAACUCCAGAAGAAGCAAAACUAUCGCUCCUCAAAAUCAUUUACAAGUGGCCCACGUUCGGUUCGGCGUUCUUUGAAGUGAAGCAAACAACGGAUCCAAAUUACCCAGAAACCCUCCUGAUAGCGAUAAACAAACACGGAGUGAGUCUGAUCGAUCCGAAGUCCAAGGAGAUCCUCACCACUCACCCCUUCACGAAAAUCUCAAACUGGAGCAGCGGCAACACGUAUUUCCACAUCACCAUCGGGAACCUGGUGCGAGGCAGCAAGCUGCUGUGUGAAACCUCCCUGGGCUACAAGAUGGACGACCUCUUGACCUCUUACAUCAGCCAGAUGCUGACGACCAUGACUAAACAGAGGACGUCCCGGGGCAACAGCAAGUGAGCUGAAACUGGAAAGUCAUCGACCACUGUCAAUCGAUCCUGCACACACACACACACACACACACACACACAGACACACACAGUGUAAAGCCACGUGGACACUCAUUUUUGCUUUGUCCCAAUGAAGGGUUUGUUAAGACAGAGAAGAUUGACAGUUCUCUCCGACACUGUAAUGCCAACGUUUUUCCUUCACGUUCUUAUGAAUGGGCUCCGUCUUAAAACUCACCCGCUGCCUUUAAAUCCCCUCUUCCCACCGGACGAGUUAUUUGGGGUUUUAUUCCGCUCUGUGUGAAACGUGGUCACCGUCUCACUGGACGACUCCAGAUGGCUGCGUUAUUUCAUCAAAGCGAUCCUCAGUUUAUUACCCGAGUUAGUUUCAUUAAAACUGUUCUAGGAAUAUGAUGUUUUCUUCAAAUGCAGGAAUCAACAAAACAGUUUCAUCAAACCAGUUAAAAGUAAAGAGUCACCACAUCAGAGGUCACGUCUCAUUCAAACGACCCUUCAGAUUUCAGCUAGUGUUUUUAAUUUCUUUUUCAUUUGAUUGGUUAGUUUUAGUUCGUACAGUUUACGUCGUUGAAUCUGGAUGUUAAACUAGCUGCUGGUGUUUGCUCUAGUGAUGCAUGUGGAAAGGAAACCGACCCCACGUGUGCCACGAGGUUCAAUCCCCACCUGUUGGUCGGAGUCGAUCCACAGAAACUGGAGAUGGUGAAUGAUUUUAUUCUCAUGUUUCUUUUUUCUUUUUUCUAAACAUUUGAACCAGUAGCACUGAUUUUUAAACAUGAAGAAACAAUCACAUACAUUUUUUUUUGGAUCAUGUUUAUUAAGGAGAAUUGUUGUAUUCAAUAUGUGACCACAUAUCCUGAUGAAGACGUGAAUAAACAACAUUUUGCAAAGAACAGAAAAUGUCAUUUUUUCUUAA